AAGGAGAUAGCAAGGGCGAUAAGGCCAAAGUUAAGGAUGAGCCACAGCGGAGAUCGGCGAGGUUAUCUGCUAAGCCUGCUCCUCCGAAGCCAGAGCCUAAACCGAAAAAGGCAGCUCCAAAGAAGAGCGAGAAGUUGCCCAAGGGAAAGAAGGGGAAAGCUGAUGCUGGCAAAGAGGGAAACAACCCUGCAGAAAACGGAGAUGCCAAAACAGACCAGGCACAGAAAGCCGAAGGUGCUGGUGAAGCCAAGUAAAAUGUGUGAAUUUUUGAUAACUGUGUACUUCUGGUGACUGUACAGUUUGAAAUACUAUUUUUUAUCAAGUUUUAUAACAAUGCAGAAUUUUGUUUUACUUUUUUUUAAGCUAUGUUGUUAGCACACAGACCGCUUCGUUGUUGUGUUUCGAGGGGGGGGCAGUGGGGACAAAUGUCACUUAGUAUAUUUCUCAGAACCUAAAUUUUAAUAAGAAAAAUUUUCCCGGUCCCCCGGUUUUUGGAAGAAGGGGCUCUUCCUGAAUAGAGGAGGAAGGCGUUCCUUCAUGCUCCACGUCUGUUACGUUCUGUGAAGUGCAUUUGAGUGAACAUCGAAGCUCCCAAGAUGCCUGUUGCUGACUUCAAAACUGCAGUUUGUAAUGCCCUCUGUAUUUCCUUUCAUGUCCUCGUUGUUUGCCUAGAGCCUGUCACUCCGAAACAUGGCAAAAACCGGCAUUUUGGGACUUCCCACUCUGAAUGCAUUGUCAAGUGAUCCGGACUUCUGGUGUCAAAUUUGGGAUAUAAUGGCUCCAGAAGGAGCUGUACUUCCUCUUUUAUAUUGUGGAUUUUCAGAUUAAGAAACCUGCAUUUUAAUUUUUGGGUUUUUGCCUCUAAAAGUCAGGGUAGGUUUGUGAAGAGUUGUUAAACAACAUGCUAAAUGUGAAAGUGUCCACCCUCACUCUAAACUUUUCCCUCUACAAGUAUGAAAUGAAGAUUCUUCAGUUUUAUAGCAACUUUUACGUUUUGGUAGUCCAUGAAGGGAGGGGAGUUUGACAGUUGUUGUAAAAUGUUGCAGAUUGUAGCCCAUGUCCUGCCUAAAUUACCAUGAUUGUUUAUGAAAAGUACCUUUAAUAAAGCUGGAUACGGUUUGGCUUGGACUGUUCUUAAUGCUUUUCUAA